UGUAACCUGCUCGAUUCGUCUAGCGAAACAAUCUGGAUGAAUCUUCGCAUAACCGACGUGUGAACGCGACGCCACUAAUCACAGCGACUUUAAGAGGCCGCGAUCAUAUUUUGUUUUCUUCGCAUUCAUUGCAGUGUUCAUCACUAUCUCUUGUGGUAGGUUUGUUUCUCUGAAUACUUCACCUGAAGCCAUGGAACUUGGCAAUCGGUCGAAGGCUGAAGCAGUCGCUUCUGCCGUCGAAGAAGCUGGCCACGAUGGUUACACUCGAGAUGACAUGGACCUUAUGCGAUUGGGCAAGAAGCCAGCAUUGAAGCGUAACUUCGGCUUCAUGCAAAUAUUGGGCUUUUCAUGUACUGUGUUGGUAACCUGGGAAGGUAUACUCCAAUCUGCUGAAUGUUGGGUCGCCAUGUUGGCCCCACCGUCGUACAGAAGGUUUUCAAGCUACAUCACUGGAUGGGUAACACUCAUCGGCUGGCAGGCCACCACCGCUUCUUCGGCAUACCUCGCAGGAACUAUUCUGCAAAGCACGAUUCUGAUGUGCGACUCGUCUUACUCGCCAAAGCCGUACCAAGCAAUGCUGCUUGGUUGGGCCGUGCUUGCAUUUGCAGUCGUCAUUAACACUGUUGGAAGCAAAACCCUCGCACAUUUCGAAGGACUGAUCUUGAUACUGCAUUUACUAGGCUUCUUCGCAAUCUUGAUUCCACUUGUGUAUCUUGCUCCUCAUAGCGAUGCCUCAAUCUUCACCACAUUCGUCAACACCGGAGGUUGGUCGACACAAGCGCUUUCUUUCAUGGUUGGACUACCAUCAUCAGUCUUCGCACUUGUUGGUGUCGAUUCAUGUGUUCACAUGGCCGAAGAAGUCAAGAAUGCGUCAAAGGUGGUACCGCGAGCCAUUCAGAUCAGUGUAUUGUUGAAUGGCACGCUGGGCUUAGCAAUGUUGAUCGCGUAUCUUUUCUGUCUUGGAGACUUAGAUGAUGUACUGGAGUCUUCAGCGACGCUUGGGUAUCCCUACCUAUACGUCUUCUUGAAGGGUACCGGCUCUGCUGCCGGGGCUGCGACCAUGGCUAUGAUCAUGUGGACUCUGGGUGUCUGCUGCCUAGUCGGCCUGAUGGCCGCCACUUCACGACAGAUGUGGUCAUUCGCGAGAGAUAAUGCCGUGCCAUUUUCCGCUCAAGUUACCAAGCUCAACCCCCGCACACUCAUACCCGUUAAUACAAUCAUGAUUACGGCCGGGAUCUCGGUACUUCUAUCCUUCAUCGCACUUGGCUCGUUCGUUGCUUUCAGCAACAUCGUCAACCUCAGCAUCGGUGGGCUCUACGCCUCAUACUUCAUCGUCUGCGCCUUGCUUCUUUGGCGCCGUCUCAAAGGCAUCAGCCCGCACAAUCCACAGGCUGCCAUGGUGGGACCGGAUACACUGCAGUGGGGGCCUUGGAAGGUUCCCGGCGCAUUCGGUGUUGCCAAUAAUCUGUUUGCAUGCGUGUACCUAUUCGUACUGUGGUUCUUCUCUUUCUGGCCAGGCUCUGUGGAGGUCGAUGCACAAUCGAUGAACUUUAGUUCUGUCACGUUUGGGGGGACAGUAAUCUUCGCUAUCGCCUGGUACUUUUUCAGAGGCAAGAAGACAUAUGUCGGUCCAAUCGUUGAAGUGGGGUUGUAG